CUUGGCCCUUACUCUUCCCUCAAUAUAUGUAGAUAUAAUUAUAAUAAAUAAAAGAAUUGCAGUCCCAGCCUGCGCUUGUGAAAAUUUGGGAAUUUUCACGUGAUUUUACGAUGAAUUUCUUCGAAUUUAUUGGUGAUGAUGCUUCGAUUAUGGUGCUCACGGGCCUUGAUGAUCCUGCUGAUCUUGCCAGAGCCUGCUCUGUUUCUAAAUCGUGGUACCAAUUUGNAACUAGGAAUGGUUUGUUCAAAAAGCUAUGCCGGAGAAUGUGCCCAGAGAUCUCAAUCUUUGCUCAUGUUACUGAAGAAAUCGGCUCAGCAAAGAAAGUUGAAUGCGGAUCUAGUAGCGAUACAGAAUGGGAUAUGUUAAAGAGAGAGCAUAGAGUGUAUAAAUAUUUUUGUUAUUUUCUCGUUUCACGUAUGAGAAAUGAAGAUUGUAUUCUAGAACCUAUUGAAGCUUCGAGCACCGAUAAUUAUCCAGAUGAGAGCAUUAAGCACACAUUGGAACCGAUCGAUCGAGGGAGAAUUUGGCCUUUAUAUUGGUCCAGUAAAGGGGAAGGUGAUCCUACAAUUCCAGAGUAUCUCACAUAUAGAUUAAAAUCCAAGUUAUGCGUUGUGACUGAAAUAAAGAUACAACCAUUUAAGGCAUUUUUUCAGUUCAAUUAUCCGAUAUACUCAUCAGGGGCUGUGAGGUUUAGGAUGGGGUACUCCAAAACACCUGAAGAGACAAAAAGCAAAGUUUUAUCGGGGCAGCGAUAUAAUACUGAUGACAAGUACAGCUGGACGUAUGUUUCUCCAGAGUUUCCAAUGAAUCAGGAAAAUUCCUUGCAAUCAUUUAAGCUUCCUCGUCCUGUCAUCUGCACUGGUGGAAUUUUACAAGUAGAACUGCUCCGACGGGUUCAAAAACAAGAAAUCGAUGAUUUAUUCUAUAUCUGUAUUUGUCACGUUAAGGUGAUCGGGAGCAAUCUGUCACCUGUUUUCGACUGCGAUGUUCCUCAUGAAAGCAUCACCAGUCCAGUCCUUAAAUACUUCCCAGAUGCCAAGGAAUUUAUCUCUUGAGUGAAGGUUCACAGAAUAGAGAUUACGUUGUUCAAUCGAGUUUUGAUGUAACGUGUAAUGUAACAUGUAAUAUAUUAGCUUGUAAUAGCGUCGUAUGUAUGUAUGUAACAUGUAAUGUAGGACGUAGGAUAUUACUUUGUUCCAUCGAGUUUUGAUGUUCUUAUUUCGAAA